AUGAUGUCUAUACGACACAUAUUCCUUCCCACACCACUGUUCCCAGAAGAAAAAUUCACUUUCCCCUUUCCCUGGCGCUACGCUGCCUCGUGAAGCUUUCCCGUUGAAAUCACCCCGAGAGCUUCAACAGUCUCUCCCACCACCGCACGCACCCACACCGUGCGACCAUCGUCGAUCGCAUUCGCGACUUUCAAAACAUCUCUCCACUUAGCACCGCUUCCCGUCUGAAGACGCACAGCACAACUGCAGGCAGUGUGCAGAUAGUGCCAGACACGGCGAGCCCACCUCAUUGAUCGAUCAUGCCUGCGCAGAGAGGGCAAUUGCCUGCUUCCUGGAGCGCAUAUGAGCGAGGACGCGCCGGCUCCGACUCCAGCAGAGUGCAAUUCGAUGAGGCAUCAGAGCAACACCACCACCAUGCCAUCUCGAAUGGCAGUCACACGCAUGCUCCCUCCGCAUACGACAGUGAUGGACAGCAUGUGCGCCGACGGAGAUCUUCCAUGGGUCUGGCCAUCGACUCCAUCACCCACGCUGGCGGUGUCAACAGUCUGCACAACUUCACUCGAUCCUUUCAACGUGCAGUGGGCUUUCACGAAGUCACACCGGUGCGACAGAGCUUCGUAUAUGCCGCCGAUGAUGACGACGACUACGACGAUGAAGAAGAAGGAGAAGAAUCGGACACGAUGCCAACAGCGAAGCAGCACCGCUCCCUGCUCAGACAACAGCUGGAGGCGCAGAACAGAGGAGCAGUGGACGAUGCUAUUGAGGAGGAGGAGGAGGAGCGCAUGGACGGCAAGACGCCCACGACAGAGUUGAAUCGAGGUUUUCCGAGAAACGCCCGGGGUUCGACUAUCACGGCCGCAGAGGACCAGCCCUUGCUGCAAAAGAUCACGUCGCGAACGCCUGCAGAUGAUAGCAUCUUCAUGAUUGAGCCCCAACUGGCUUCGCCAUUCGGAGGCAGCUACGGCAGUACCUGGGGAUCUCUCUCCUCGCGCGUCAAUGAAUCGUCUAUGCAACAUGCAGGUCGGCUCUUUCGCCAGCAACAGCUGCGAGGUACCAUGAGGAUGCCAGAUAGCGAACGGGAGCCAUUGAUGGUGAAGAAAGUGCAAGAGGAUGACGGCAAAGUCAUACAGGUCAUUGUGGGCCAAUCGACGCUCCCUCAGACCAUCUUCAACAGUGUGAAUGUGCUGAUUGGCGUUGGAUUGCUUGCUCUGCCGCUAGCAAUGAGGUAUGCCGGAUGGGUGCCAGGACUCAUCUUCUUCGCCUUUGCAGGAGCCUCGACCUGCUACACUGCCAAACUUCUUGCCAAAUGUGCCGACGUGGACAACAGCCUCAUCACCUUCGCGGACCUCGCCUUUGUUUCCUUCGGACCAUGGGCACGGAUUGGAACAUCGAUUCUUUUCUCCUUGGAAUUAGUUGCCGCAUGCGUGGCGCUCGUUGUUCUCUUCGCAGACUCUUUGGAUGCCUUGAUACCGGGCUGGGGACUGCUCGAGUGGAAAGUUGUCUGCGGCGUGAUCCUCAUUCCACUGUCCUUCAUGCCUCUCCGGCUUCUGUCCUUUACCAGCAUCCUGGGCAUCCUUUCAUGCUUCGGCAUCGUUCUCGCGGUCAUCAUCGACGGGCUGAUCAAACCGACGACUCCGGGCUCUCUUCGUGAACCAGCCCAGACCCAUCUCUUCCCAGAGAAUUGGGGUAGCUUCCCCAUCGCCACGGGAAUCCUCAUGUCUCCUUGGGGUGGGCAUAGCGUGUUCCCCAAUAUCUAUCGAGACAUGCGACAUCCAUACAAGUACCGCAGAGGAGUGAACAUCACAUACGUCGCUGUCUUCAACCUGGAUCUCCUAAUGGCAGUUGUCGGGCUCCUCAUGUUCGGAGACGGAGUCAAAGACGAAGUCACGCGCAACAUCCUACAACUCAAAGGCUACCCAGCCUUCCUGUCGGUCUUCAUCGUCAUCUGCGUGGCCAUUAUUCCUCUGACAAAAGUGCCGCUGAAUGCCCGACCUAUCGUUAGCACUCUGGAAAUGUUCCUGGGAUUAGAUGCUCGCAGUAUGGGAGACGGACAAGCCACGCACGGCUGUUCUGGCCUCACUCGAGGAAUCCUCAAGAUUGUGGUUCGAGUUGCGUGUAUUAUCGCCUUUGUGGUCAUGGCGAUCCUGGUUCCGGAGUUCGAUACGAUUAUGAGCUUGUUGGGCGCAGUGGCUUGCUUCACGAUCUGUUUGAUCUUGCCUUGCGCGUUUCACUUGAAGCUUUUCGGGAAGGAACUGAGCAGGAGACAGAAAACAUUGGACUGGACAAUUAUCAUUGUCAGUACUGUCCUUGCUAUUGUGAGUACUGCUUUUAAUUUCGUGCCCAAGGAGAAACUUGGGAUAUGAGAGGUUUGUUUGUGCGUUGCUUUGAUCGGAAGAGGGUGGUUGUUUGCUUGUAAAUGAGAGGGCUGCUACUGUCCGUAAUACGUCUGUCGAGCGUUCUGAGCAUUGCAUAGUAGAGGAGAGGUUGAGCAAUCAUGGAGGGACAUCUGAUAUAGCAUACAGCAAAGAUUUUGAUGACGAAGUAGCGCUCCUUGCUACUCUUUUACACAUGACUGACAGUUCUGUUUCUCCUCGGUUCUGUUUUGUUCGCUUCACUGUUGCACACUAUACACAUCCUCGUUCCUCAUCAACCACUCCAACGCCAUCAAGUCCUCCUGCUCCUCCUCCUCCUCAUCCUCCUCCUGAUACACCCGCCUUCACCUCGCCUCCGUAACCACCUUUCCCCUUACCGCAAGACCUCCCUCCGGCGUCUCCGCCCAAACCUCCCACUUUCUCUCUCCAGUCUUCGUCCCCGCAAACUUGACCUUUUCCCCACAAUACAACGGCGCCAUAUUCCUAUACUCGACACUCUUAAUCACCUCCUUCUUCCCUCCUCCUCCCUGCGCCGCCGCCGCCGCCAACUUUUGCUGCAACAACGUCAUCAUAAACAUAAAACUCAUCGGUCCAUGAAAUAACAAAUUCCUAUGUCCUUCGAUUUCUCGACUAUACUGCGGAUCCAAAUGAAUCGCAUGCGCAUUGAAUGUCAAUGCCGAGAAUCGGAAUAAGAGUUUUGGGUCCGGGAGAAUGGUAUGUUCGUAAUCGGGAGUGAGUUCUGGUUUUAACAUUUUUCCCCCAGCAGCGGGAGGUUUCCCAGCAGAAGCAGAAGCAGAAGCAGAAGCAGAAUCGUUUUUGGCUUGCGCAGCAGCAGGAGGAGGAGGAUUUUUCCCCUUCAAAAACACAAUAUUCCUCGUCUCCAAAAUCGACGCCUCGCCAAAAUCUUCUUCGGAAUCUCUCCAUAACCGCUGUCGGACACGAUGAUACAGAUCCUCUUUCUCUUGUGCCAGAUCCUUCUCCGCACCCCCCGCGCCCCCCGCUGCAGCAGCCACUCGAGCCAAACGCGCACACUCAUCCGCCGAAGCUUUCGCCAAACGGCGUUCAAUCGCGACAAAGACUUUCUCUUCCCCCGUUUUACCUUUAAUAUCCACUCGACGAAUAAAUUCCUGACACACGCCACGACGACCAUCGAGAUGGAGCGGGUUGUCAUGAUUAUACAGCACGCGACCUCCCGCCCACAUUCUCCGUUCGAAAGGUGGACCGGGGGAUUGGUCUGGAUUGGUGCCGUCGGGGAGCAUAUCGCUUUGGCGCUUGCUGGGUUCGAAGUAGAGCAGGUGGUGAGGGAUGGGGAGUUCUUUGGCGGGGGUUGUGGGAGGGAGGACGGGAGGCGGGUUUGGUUGGGGGAGGAAGUCUGAGAGAGUCAUGUCGAGGCGGUAGCUGGAUUGGGGUGAGAGGUCUUCGAAUGUGGGUUGGAUGGCUCGCUGGGGGAGUUCUUGUUGGAGGUGGGCGAAAGAGGAAUUGUGACGGGUUUGCAUUCGUG